UCUUCCGACACUGUGAGCCCUGGCUCCCCUACGUCAUCCACGAGGGAUGCGGCCCCCCAGAGUCCAUCCCCCAUGCCUGCCAAACGCUGGUGCAGCUUCCCACCUUCCACGGAGCGAUGGGUCAGCAAGGACGGGGUCCCCUUCCACGUCCACCAGGAAGACGGCAUCCAGAUCUGUGACGGCUUCCUGCUCGGGCACUGCCCCCGGAGGGAGAGCUGCCCACUCCACCACACCCGCUACCCCUUCCACUGGCAGAUCAGGGGGAGCAGAAGGGUGGAGUGGCAGAGUCUGAGUGACUCGUCUCAGCGUCACUUGGAGAAGCUCUACAGCGACGCUACAAACGGCCUCGUGCGGUUCUUGGGCAGGAACCAGUUGUCUGGGAUCCUGGACCUGGACACCAUGGAGAUGGACUAUUCGGACGUGAUUAAUGGAGUGAGGCGGCUGGGCAGCACCUCGGACUGGAAGCAGAAUCCUCGCUUCCACACCAGGUGGCAGGUGUACUGGAAGCACAGAGACACGUGGCAGCGUUACCAGGAGCCUGUCCCCCGCGACCUCCUCGCAGCCUUGGAGAGGGGCUCCCAGGAACCCACCUUUUGGCUCCAGGGCAGGCUCUACACCCUGGAUCUGAGACCCCCUCAGUGGAGCACUGAAGGCCAGAGAUCUGUCCAACCCAUCCAGAUCCAGCGCCGACCUGCCUAUCGUUCCCUGAGCUGCAUGGCACGGUAUCUGCGGACAGUCCCUAGGGGCUCCUGGGGACUCUUCCAUCUUUCCACAUCCAUCAUCCCCGGGGAGAGACCCACAGACGGGUAUUGUGGCCCAUACCCAGCCGCCUGGGUUCCCCAGCCGCCCUGUGGCCAGGCCUUCCUUCAUGCAGAGGUGGCCUCGUCGGAAGCGGUGUACCGCAAGAUCUGUGAGCUCUUCCACGCGUCUGUCCCAGAGGACAUGGUGCUGGUGCUGAAGAUUUACAGGAUCCGGAACGAUGCACUCUGGAAAAAAUACAGCAGCCAGAAGGAGCGAAUGUCCCGAGGACUCUUGGCCCAGGAGAUGCGGCUCCUGGAGAGGCACCUCUUCCACGGGACCUCAGCCGACAACGUGGAGCCCAUCUGCCGGGCGAACUUUAACCCCCAUCUCUCUGGAAAGCACGGUGCCCAGUACGGCCAUGGCAGCUACUUCUCCUGCUACGCCAACUGCGCCCACAUCUUCGCUCUGGCCAACCGCGCCGACCGCCGCCACAUGUUCCUGGCCAAGGUCCUGGUGGGCAAGUGGGUGUUAGGGAGUCCCGGGUACACCCAGCCGCCGGUGAGGGAAUCCUGCAGGUGUCGCUACGACUCCUGCAGCGACAACGCCCACAAGCCCGGUGUCUAUGUGAUCUUCGACAACUCCCAGUGCUACCCCUACUUUGUGAUCUGCUACAAACUGCUCGGCGACCCUGUGACACUGGAGAAUGUCUGAGGAGCCAGUCCGUUGGCGGGGAAUUAGGCUCACGCAGCCCAGCUUUUCCACACUCUCACCACUCUCUCUGUAGGGUUCGCACAGCACGGUAACGAGGGAAUGCGGAGCCCAUCCAGCAUCCAUGAUAAGAACAAGCAACCCAGUUCGUGGAGGCUUCACCCCGCCCCUCCCCCCCGUCAUCCCACUGGAAUGUGAUCCUUCCCCACCACCCCAUUCCCUCCACCCCACUCUUACUGCCUGCCUGCCCCAAGACCAUCCACCAAAGACUGCUCAUGACUCCAGCACCUGGGCAAACACCAUUUGCUUCGCUUCCCUGAAGGAGGCACCACUGAGCUCCAGACAACUGUCCCUCUCCUCCUGGUCUCGCAGGAGUUUCAGAAAGUGGAAACCCCACCUGGAAAUCCCCCCACCCCAAGCUCACUAGUGCUGGGAAUAGGCAGCGGUAGGGGGUGAAAUUCUUUUUGUUCUCAUCCAUCCCAUCCAAACUUCCCCGCGGAAUACCCCCGUCUCCUUGCCUAAUGGUAGUAGUGGUAUUGUCGAGGGAUUAAAUAGUGGCUGAAAGUUAC